UAAUAAAAAUUUAGUAGAAUAUGAUUAGGAAUGUGAGGGGGACACAGGCAGGGCAGCCGCCUCUAUUUAUAUAUAGUAUUGACUGUGAAGUCUAGUCAAUAAAAUUAGGAGAGGGUUGCAUAUUUUAGGGUUUUCUUUCCACACAACACAAAUCGUAUCGCCGAAGUCUUUCACUUUUUCUUUUAACACUCAUCUCUCUCUCGACAGAGUGUAUAGGUCUAUAGGAAAAUAAGAUUGCUUUUUUUGAAUCUGGAGUUGAUUUAGAAAGAAAUUGUUUAGAACGAAAUGGGUAGUAAUGUGAAGAAAGCAAGGGUCUCAUGGCCAUCAGAUAGUAUGCUUUGUCAGGUGAAGAUGUUUAAAACAGAAGAUUAUCCGGCUAAAGUUGGAGCACAAACAUGUCGCAAAUCAAAGGCCUCAAAGGAUCCCCACCAUGGAACUGUGUAUUCAACGUCAACGAGGCCUCCUAACAUUACCCUCAUUACAUGGAAACUCCCACCAAAAUUUAUUCUCAAUGAGCAUUUGCUUGUUGCAAGUGGUGAAGAGAGCACAGAAACGGGUUCUGAAAAUUUGAGGAUUGCAAAAGUCUUGGAAGCUUUCUAUCCACACCGCUCUCUCAUCCAUUCCCGUCCUUUCAUCUCACCGACGGCUGUACAAGUUGAUGACACCAAUACUCCUACCAUCCGUGUCACUCCCAUUGAGGACGACGAAGACCAACCUGCUCUUCAAUCCUCCAUCGCUCCCCCAUCUGUUUUUGGGCUUGGACCUGACUUGAGCCUAACUGCUCUGUCUGCCUUGUUGAAUACCAAGGAACAGGGGAGUCUGGUCGAUGCUGGUUUACUUGUCAAGGUCCUCACUGACCCCACUAUCAUCAACAACUUGAAUGCUGCUGCUAAACCACUUGAAACUGGGAAUAACAACAACACCACCAAACCACCUCCUCAACAUGUCACUACUUCCUCAGCCAACUCACCUCCUGGAAACGGUGUCACCCCUGUUUUGGCGGCUGCCCAGUCCAUUGUUUCUCAUGUACCUACUCAGCCGAACACUUAUCCACUGUCUUGUGCGCUCAAGCCAUUGCCAAGAGUUGAAAAAUCCUUGGAACGCUCAGUUGUAGUCUCAGAACCCCAAUGUCAAUCCGGAACUUGGAAUAUGAUGAGUAGGGUCGAGGAAUCAGUAGGAACUGGAACAGAUGCUCAAAGUGCUUACCCCAUGAACAUAACACGUGAUGACUAUUUCAAAAACCUUAUCAGGGAACACGGGGGUGUUGUUGCUCCGGCGACUAACAAUUACAAAAGCCGAGUUAAUAAUAAUAAUAACAAUGACAAGAAGAAAGCACUAGUAGUAAAGGUAAAGUCUCCGAAAGCAUGCAUGUUUUUCGGAAGAGGCAGAGGGUGUAAGCUUGGGGAGAGUUGCUUAUACCUUCACGACCCCUCCAAAAGGUUGUCGACUUAUGAUGUAGCUGCAGCUGCUGCUCCCAGAGCUAAGAGACUCAAGUUCAGAACAUGACCAAGUAGGUAACUGGUAAAUAGCUUCAAAAUAGCCAAGAUUAACAAGUGAUCCCAUGUUUGGUUCCCCCUGUUACCUUUCUUUUUCGUUUCCAAACGUUGACCAAAAUUCGAGCCUACAAUUCUCUUCGGUAUAUUGUCGAAUUGAUUUUUUUUCCCCAGCAAAAAAAAAAUACUGAAGAGAUAAUGAUUGAAACGGAUUUAUUAUAUUUCAAAAAUAUAGAAA